AUGAAUAAUUCAAAUGAAGAACAUGAAAUAUUAAACGACUCAAAAUCAGCUCCUAAUCCGUUUCAAACACUUUAUACAUUUCAAGAAGCCAAUCCAUCCGACAGUAUAACCAUCCUUCGAGCUUUUCUUCACCUCACAAAUCCGAUCAAUCAACAAGAGUAUUCAAGUGACUUUGUUGUACAUCAAUUGAAUCGAUGUCAACAAUGCUCUACUCCACUCAUUCCGUCACUCUUCGAGCUUCUGAAACAAUUCGUUCCGUCAUCAGAUUUAAUUUUGUCAUUUAAUGCACUUCGACAGCCAAUCAUAGAAUCAUGGAUUAAUCAAUUUCGGAAGGAUACUCAAAAGCAAAAAUGGGGCGGAAAUGGUGAGAAAAUUCAACUUCUAGCAAAUCUCCUCGAAAGAUCGUUGAAUCUUUAUUACACAAAUGACAAUCUGAUUAAAAACACCAUUCAUAUCUGGUAUUCCAUUGUCUUGAAUUCCAUCGAGCCACUGAUUGAUGAGUUAAAUGAAUAUUUGAAGAAUAAAUUAGACAAACAACAGUUUCUAUCAUUCGUUCAUCUAUUAAAGCCAUUAAGUCAAGUAUGCGAACAGUUAAACAAAAUUGAAGAAGAAAAAAAGUGUAUGAUUAUCAAUGAAUACUUUUCAAAUAUUCUUCUCGCUAAUCUACAACAACGGAUAGAUUUUAUUUUAAAUAAGAAAAUUCUCGAACAAUUCGAUUCGCUCGACAAAUUAGAAGGAUACAAAUGUCCUCUGAGACAAUCAACAUUCACCAUUUAUCCAGAUGUCAGUAAACUACUUCUAUUCUUCAACGAUGCAAAUAUCUCCAAAAGCUCGACGAUUCUUAAACAAAAAUGUAAUGAAAAACUUAGUCAAUUGCUUGACAAAGCAUCGAGUAUUUUCCAUACUUAUCCAACAUCUACAUCUCUUGAACAUUGUGUUUGUUUGAUAUCUUCGUUGUCCAGCAUCGAAAUUUUGUAUUCUCAUGAGCAAUUUCAAUAUUUCUUAUACAAUUUUUGUCAGCUUAUCUUGACCUAUUGGAAAAUCAAUCUACUACACGACUGCGAUGCAAACGAUCGGUUAAACACCAAAUCAUAUGUUGAAAAUCAACGCUAUUCGGUCUAUAUCGACACAUUAUUUCAUCAUUUCAUUCGAUUUCAUUCUUAUCUGAAACAGUACUGUCCAAAUUUGCUCUCGAUCUUCAUUCCACACAUGUUAUUAGACUUAAUGAAAUUCUUCUCUCACCGUUAUGCGUCAAUGCAAAUAUCUUACGCGAGACAAAACCAGUAUAGAACGGACCUUCUUGCUUUAUUGGUUCAUGCAAGUGAAUUUAGUCAUUAUUUUGUUCAACAGAACAGUCCGAUCAAACAAUUCGUGUUAUUUCAAAACGAUCAUCUCGAGUCGAGAUUUAUCGAUGAUGGAAAUGAAAUUCUUGCUGCUAUUGUUCUUGUCACUUGUCCAUGCAAUCUUCUUUAUGAACAAUUAGAGAAUGCUGCUCGCCAUCGUUCGACCAAAUUACAAACGAAGAUUUCUUGGUUGAAUGUCAUUCGACCUGACUGGUUUGAUAUGAAUAAUGAACUAAGAAUUCAAAUACACACUUACCUUCUGAUGAAAAAUAUCAUUGACACUAAGCAAAACUAUGUUGCGGAUACGAAAGUUCUAUCGUCGUUGAUUGAAUAUUCGGAAUUGGACGCGUUUCAAUCGGUAUUAGUUCAGAUGAUUAUGAAAAAUGAACAAUGGGAAUUAAUCAAUGUUUUUGUCAAACAUCAACGUGAUUGGUCAUUUAUGAAUAAUUUGACGAUGAAACUACCUGAAUGGUUAGCCCUUAUGAUGAAAUACUGGAUGGAGUUUUUCGCGAAGUGUUGUUAUCUCUGUGCAAAUGAGAAAGAUAUGGAAUGGAGAUCAAAAAUACAAAAAACUAUGUUAUCCGAAUGUUCAAUCGAUGAAAAAUCGAUUUAUUUGAAAUCUUUGCAACGAUAUCUGGCAAAUAUUCCACUUUCACUUUAUCAUUUACUUACCACAAUCAAUCAACAACAUUCCCAAUUUACUAAACGAACGACCUUUGCUCGUUUACUCUAUCAGUAUAUGAUUGAUCUUAAAAUAGAUCGUGCGGCUAUUUAUUAUUCAUUCUUAACAGGUAAACAAAGACUAUUUCUCAUUAAGAUUGAGCUAGAAUUAAGGAAAUAG